AUGGAAAUAACGGCAGAUCGUAAAAAGUGUUCAAGAACUCGCUUAUUCUUUAGUUUGGCAAUCUUCGAGACUUGGCGUAUCGCGAUCGUAAACGUGGUGGUUCACGAGUGUUCGCGGCUAAACGCAGGAGGACACACGGACGCGAACGUGUCCCCGGAAGCGAAGGGGCCAGGUGCAAGGGAUGGCACGAGACUGGGCCGGAUCAUCGCCAUUAGAAAAAUGUCAACAGCUGGAUCGCGGUAGGGGAGGAAGCCUAGGCAGGUGCAAGCUAUCGUUUCGGUUUUGCUCGAUCGGCCAGGACGAAAGACGCUCGCGAACCGAGCUGAGUGUUGCACGCGAGUUCCUCGGACACGUCGGUAGACGUCAAGGAGACCCCCGAAAAAUCGAGCCAGAACACACCUGUUGGACCCUGGCAAUUAGAGAAAGAGGGAACAAAACGAAUCCGAAGCGAUCGGCGCGGGGAAACACAAACGUAAACACAAACGUGGGCAUUUUAAUCUGGCACGCCAGCUGCUUGUCCCCGGCACGAGGCAAAGCUCGAUCAUCGACGCCGAAAAGUGUAUCGGCUGGCCGAUCGCGGCCUCGAACGUGUGGCGAACAGGUGGCGCGGUCGUUGAACACGUUUGAAAGUUAAACGCACUUCGGGUCACGAGAGUCGUAAAGUUCUCCCCGCGAACUCGGUGCAUCACAACAGAAGUAAGAACGAUCCGAGAUGAUAAAUAUCAAAGCUUCGUUCUCGAGUCGGAGCAAAUUCUUCUGCAACGUCGUGUUUUAACACUAAACGCGUACAUUUUACAUAUCAUAUUGUUCCUAUCAUAAUCGGUCAAAUGAAGAUUCCUUCGCGAAAGGAAUGCAGACAAUUAUCAAUUUAAUAUAGAAACCAAAUAACAAUUCUUGGAUGAGG